CCAAUAGUAGAACCUCUUUCCUGUUAUCAGUAGCAUCACAAAAGCUUCAAAGUCUUCACCUUUUCUCUGUUUCUCUCUCAAAGCUUGGAGCUUUGAUGCAGAGGAACAAGACCCAGAAGGGUUCUUGAGUCAUGGAUUUGCAGAGGCUUUGUGGGUUGGUGUUUGUUUCAGCUUUGAUUCUACUGGGGUGUAAUCACAGCUCUGUAGAAGCUGGGGAUAUAGUGCAUGAUGAUGCUUCAGCUCCAAAGAAGCCUGGUUGUGAGAACGAUUUCGUUUUGGUGAAGGUACAAACUUGGGUUGAUGGUGUUGAGGCUAGUGAGUUUGUUGGUGUGGGUGCUAGAUUUGGAAGAACCAUUGAAUCAAAAGAGAAGAAGGCAAACCAAACUCGCCUUAUUCUUUCAAAUCCUCGAGAUUGCUGCAGUCCACCGGAAAAUAAGUUUGCUCGAGAUGUCAUUGUGGUCGACCGAGGCAACUGCAAAUUCACAACCAAAGCAAAUAAUGCUGAAGCUGCUAAUGCCUCAGCUAUCCUAAUUAUAAAUAACCAGAAAGAACUUUACAAGAUGGUGUGUGAGCCAGAUGAAACUGCUCUAGAUAUACACAUACCUGCUGUCAUGCUCCCACAGGAUGCUGGCACGACCUUGGAAAACAUGUUAAUGAGCAAUUCAGUGGUGUCUGUGCAGUUGUACUCUCCACAACGGCCCGUGGUUGACAUUGCAGAAGUAUUUUUAUGGCUGAUGGCAGUUGGCACCAUCUUGUGUGCAUCUUAUUGGUCUGCAUGGAGUGCCAGAGAAGCAGCUAUUGAACAUGAAAAUUUGUUAAAGGAUGCUGCUGAUGAAAUAACAACUGCGAAAGCACCUUUAGGUGCUAGUAUCGUAGACAUCAGCACGACAUCAGCAGUCUUGUUCGUCAUUAUUGCUUCAUGCUUUUUGGUCAUACUCUACAAGCUUAUGUCAGCCUGGUUCAUUGAGCUUUUGGUUGUUCUUUUCUGUAUAGGUGGUGUAGAGGGCUUGCAAACUUGCUUGGUGUCUCUGUUGUCGAGGUGGUUUAAACGGACUGGAGAGGCAUACAUCAAAGUACCUAUCCUGGGAGCAAUCUCAUACUUAACGUUGGCUGUUUCUCCAUUCUGCAUAGCAUUUGCUGUUCUCUGGGCAGUUUUUCGCACUAUUUCCUUUGCCUGGAUUGGCCAAGAUAUACUGGGAAUUGCACUGAUAAUCACAGUUUUGCAAAUUGUUCGUAUACCCAAUCUCAAGGUGGGUACGGUACUCCUCAGUUGUGCAUUUUUGUAUGACAUCUUUUGGGUCUUUGUUUCUAAGAAGGUGUUCCAUGAAAGUGUGAUGAUUGUGGUAGCUCGUGGUGACAGAAGUGGAGAGGACGGUAUUCCAAUGCUACUCAAGAUCCCCCGCAUGUUUGACCCAUGGGGUGGUUACAGCAUUAUAGGAUUUGGUGACAUCCUAUUACCAGGCCUGCUUGUGGCGUUCUCACUCAGGUAUGAUUGGUUGGCAAGUAAGAGUCUGCGAGCUGGGUACUUCUUGUGGGCAAUGAUUGCUUAUGGAUUAGGUCUUCUCAUCACAUAUGUGGCAUUAAACUUGAUGGAUGGGCAUGGCCAACCGGCACUACUUUACAUUGUUCCUUUUACACUAGGAACUUUAUUGACAUUAGGGAAAAAGAGAGGUGACUUACCGAUUCUGUGGAGUAGAGGAGAACCGGAAAGGCUAUGCCCGCAUGUCCGACUCGAACACAGUCAAGAACUGAGGGAUGAAUAAAUAGUAAGAAUACAUGUUCUUGUAUGAUAAUGUAGUGUUGGCAAUGUGUAAUCUGUAGAAAUCCGGUAAAGAACCUUGGUACAAGAACAGCACUUUACAUUAGUUUUCAUGUAUGUAAGCGUAUAUAGCCUUUUCAAUGAACAAGGGGGCUCUCUAUUAAUUAGAAAUAUAAUUCAUUUGGCAUUCUGG